AUGGAAGAAGCAGCGUGCUGUGCUCAGUUGUUGACCAAUGUGCUCUCGAAAUCCUUGAUCACUUCGGGCUGCCGUGCCUUCCGCUUCCUAGGUGGUUCGACCGUGAGGAGCAAGAUAAACACCGUCAUAGCGGUCCGGGACUUGGUCCAAGACUACGGCGCGCUACGCGACGCCAAUCUGGAAAGUGAGGCAACAGAGACCUCGCGAAAGAUGCUAGCAGAGGGUGCAGUCUCUGCACUCUCACAAAUGGUGGAAGACAGGCAUCCCAUGCAGACAAGGAUUGGCGACUUCAUCAAAGAGACCUUGGAAGACAUCGCAGCACGGCUUCAGGGGAAGGUCGAUGAUGCCAAGAAGUCCGUGAGCACCAUGGAGUCGGAGCUCGAAGUCCAGAAGGCACAGCUCCAGGCCGCCACGGACGAGCUUGCUGAGGCCAAAGAGAAGGUGACAAAGAAGGCUGAAGAAAUGGCAACAGCCAAGAAAGCCCUCGGGGAAUGCGAGCAGGCCGAUGCCGUAAUCGCAAAGGAUGAGGCUGGCUCCAACAGGCGGCAAGGCCAGCUGACGAAGGAGCAGUCGAAGUUCACGGACGUCAGGGACAAUCUCCUCCAGGUGCUGAUAGAUGAUGGCAUCAACGCAAACGGAAGUGCCAAAGAGUCAAAGAAGGCUUGCGACAAGCUCCUGAAGCAGAUUACGAACCUCGGUGGCGAAUCUGCUCUGCUGGCGGCUGCUCCUGCGGUGCUGCUCAAGAAGCCCGAGGAGCGCGAAGGAUUCGACAGCCAUGUUCUGGACUGCUUGAAGGCGACUCUGGCCGAAAAGCUGGCGGAAAUCCAGAAAGGCUUGGACGAGAUCUCGGCCGAGGUGGAAGCUAAGCUGCCUGAGAAGACAGCGAAGGCUGAAGGGACCGCAAAGGCAAAGGCGGCCUUUGACGAAGCUCAGAAGGAGCUCGACGUGGCUGACGAGGUCGCUUGCGAAAAGGAGGUGGGCCUUGUCAAAGCCAAGACACAGUUGGAAGCCACAGAGCAAGCUUUGCAGGACAAAGCCAAAGUGAUUGAGGCUGCCACGGGCGAGGUGGACGCAUUCUCGGAGGUGCUUGCGGUCUUCACGGAGGUCGCCGAGCGAUCGCAUCCUCCCGAAGUGCCAGAAGAUGCGAAGGAUGCGGAGGCCGAAGGCACCUCCACCGCAGCAGCGGAGGGGGCGGCGACUGAACCUCCAAAAGCCUGA